UUGUCUUUGAUUGAAUAGCGCUGCGCUGCGCUGCGUUACGUACGUAUGUACGUUUGUCAUUGUGUGUGUCUGACUUUUUUGGUGUCGUUUCGUGCUGUUAACAAAUAAUUUAUUAACGAUGGAAAAAGAAGACGGGGAAAUGAGUGAUGAUAAUGCAAUGGUUGUUGACGAUAUCAAGGAAGAGUUUACUGCAAAACAACAUGCAAAUCAUACUGUGUUGUAUAAAGCAGCUAAGAAUGGACUAAUUAUUGAAACGUUGGAAAAGAUUGACGCUACCAAGUUAGAAGAGCGAGCCAAGCGUUUUGGUUUGAAUUUGUCUGGCAAUAGAGUGGUUACUCAAACACAAAUUGAUGAACUAUAUACCAAAUCUGGCAUUGAAAGUGGGAAUGAACGGCAUUUUCGUUUUGAUACCCUACAUCUAAAUGGGGUGGAUGGUUUGACAACCAGAGAUAUAUUUGAAUAUUUAGAAGACUACAAGCCAGUAUCAUUAGAAAUCAUUGAUGAUGUGUCGUGUAACAUUGUGUGUCAAGACCAUAUUUCUGCUGCUUUGGCUCUGUUGGUACAUUCUCGUGAGAUUAGAAAUGAACAAUUGAAAGAGAUGAUUAGUGAGAAAUCACAGUAUCACUGGAGAGAAGGAAUGCCGCAUCCUAAAAAAGAUUUGAUACUAAUGCGAUUUGCUACAAAUGGUGAUAAAAAGGUAUCUAAAAAGAAGACUGAAAGACCUCAACACUCAGAUGAAUAUUAUGAUCAAAGCAUGGAUCCAAUAAGUAAAAAUCCUUGGGGUGAUUUAUGUAAAUCAUGGGGAGUAUAUGACCACCAGGAAGUUUUUCAACGUAAACUUCCUAAAAAUGAUUAUGAAGAUGAUAUUGAAGAACCCGUUGAGGUAAUACAAGUUAAAAACAAAAGAUUGGCAAUGCGUCUUGGGAAAAGAAGUCACAAUGUUGAUUAUUCUGAAGAUAGUAAUUCUGACUCUGAAUGGAAGAAAAAGACUAAAACUCCUAGAAUGAGAAUGCAUGCUGAUGAUGAAGAAUCAAAACAGAAGAAAAAGAGACAUCUGAAACAAAUAUCAGAAGAUGAGGACAGUUACGAUGACACAGAUAAGGCAGACAAAUAUGCUCCCUUAUCUAUUGAAGUUGUCAACUCAAGGAGUAGUUAUACUCCUAGGGAAACUACAAAAUUAUCUGACAAAUUCAAAAGUCGAACUGAUAAAAGUGAAACAAGCACAAAAAGAGUUAAUGUACUAUCACGUUUAGGUGUCAAGGUGACUCCAGCAGGAAGAAGCUGGUCAGAUGAUGCAUCAUCAGAUGAAUCAGAUCAUAAUGUUUCUAGCAGGGUACAGAAAGUAAAAAGUAUGGCGAAGAGUACUUCUAGUGUUUGGUCAAGAUUAGAAACUAAAGAAAGCAGUCACAAUGAUUUACGACAAGUUCUAAAAUCAAGAAAAGAUAAAAAGCCUGAUGACAUAAGACUAAGACCUGAUGACUUAAGAGAUAGAAUAAGAAAAUCAAAAAAAACUAAUUUACGUAUUGAAAUAGAUAAUGACUAGAUCAAUUUUAUUAUAAUGUGUUAUACUUUGGUACAAAUAGCAUAAUUGGAUAGUACCUGUGGACAAGCAAUGAAUGAAUAUAUGAAGAAUAAUGAAUUAAAUAAAUAAAACAUUACUUUUUCCAUUUUUUAUUAAGUUAUAGAAUGAUUUGUGCUUUUUGUGUUAAGUGCACUUAUCUUUAAGACAUAUAUUUUGUGUUUAUAAAAAGCAAUGUUAAGGCUGUUACAAGCAUUGUUCACAAUCAUGAAUGUUAUUCUGUAAACCCUGUGCGUUAACUUAUACUAGUUAACAAAAUUAAUUCUAUAUAAAAAGCAACAUAGGUAUAACAUAUACAUAAUUUUGAUAAUUCGGAAGACGAGUAUUUUCUUGUUGCCAAAUAGAAUAUAUGUAUAUUCUGUAUUAUCUAAUAUACAUUGCAUACUUGUAAUAAAAGAUCUCUGGGGUA